GUGUGUGAGAGAGAGAGAGAGAGAGAGAGAGAGAGAGAGAGGCCUCUAGAAAAUGAGGCAGAGUCUGCUAAAAGCCUUGAAUUCAUCACCCCAGAUUUUCAAUCCACCACAACCCAAUUCAUACACCCAUCAUCGCUCCACAUUCAAAUCCACACCGUCCAUUUCCAGGCACACCUGCAAGAUCUCGCGCCGCGACCUUACGAUCCGUGGGCCAUCCUCAUCUCUUCUCUUGCUCUUAGGAACAUGUUCCGACGCCAUCGAUCCGUUCCGCUCAUCCAAAGCUCGGGCCGACGAAGGCCCUGCCGACAUCGGCGGGAAAGAAGAGAAUUCAAACACGGACAGCGAUGCUCGAUUCGACGACAGCCCCACCAGCAUUAGUAAUGGCGGGAAAGAAGACAAUUCAAAUUCCAACAACGAAGUUAGUUUGGACGAAGUCCCCGCCGAUAACAGUAAUGGCGGGAAAGAGGAGAAUUCAAAUGCAGACGGUGAAGUUGGUUUGGAAGAUGGUCUGGGAGAUAUUGGUAAUGGCGGGAAAGAGGAGAAAUCAAAUGCCUACAAUGAAGCUAGAUUGGAAGAAGGCCCCCGCGACAUUGCUGAUGGCGGGAAAGAGGAGAAUUCAAAUGCUGAUAGCUGCACGGAAAGAAUGCCUACGAAGCGAGCCUUCUUGGACAUCUCCAUUGAUGGUGAGCCGGUGGGCCGCAUAGUCAUCGGUCUCUACGGAGACAAAACACCAGCGGGCGCCGCCAGAUUCUCUGGCCUGAUUAGUGGGGCGGCAGGUAUUAGUUAUAGAAGAAAGGAAUUUGUGAAGAUCAUGCCCAAUUACGUACAACAUGGUGGGGUGCGAUCAUACGGUGUGGAUGCCGAGCUUGCGAAGAGGACGGGGAGCGAUCUGGUGGUGGAUAGUCUGGUGGAAGAGUGGGAAAAGGCGACUGAGAGGUGCCCCGGGAUAAAGAAUGUAGCAGGGACGGUGGGGAUUGUCGUCAGGGAUCCUUCGAAGCCACCUCCGAAGCUGAAGCUGGUGGCCCGAAAAGGGAAGCUGGAGAUUGAUCAGGAGGAAGUUGGGAAGGACCCGAAUGGAACGGAGUUUGUAAUGAGCACCAAAGACUCGCCGGAGCUGGAUUUGUCGACGCUGGUGAUUGGAAGAGUUUUGGAUGGUAUGGAUGUGGUGGAGAAGAUCUCCAAGGUGAAGACUGUGCAGGAGAACACAGCCUCUCCUUACUUCAGGGUGGCCAAGUUGAUUGGAGAUAAGCGGGCCGUCGUUGCAGAAAGAGGCUUCAAUCGGCCUUAUUCGAAGAUUCUUGUCACCAAUUGCGGCUUGAUCAAUUAACGGCGCUUUGUUUCUUCCAUUCAGUAUUCUGCUAUAAAGAAGAGGAAAUAAAAUGUGUAUGAUUUAUGGCUUAGUUUUUGUCAGAUCCCUAACCAUUGAUUCAAUGUGUGUGGUCCACUUUCAGACUGGCCCAUCAAGGGCACAAGCACACUACUUAUCUGAUUCCAAUAUGUCUAUGUUUCAAAUUCUGCCCCAACAAUCAAUCGAAUAGGCUGCACAUUUUUAGCCAAAGGUCUACAUUGAAUGUGCAUGUGUGACCCACCUCAUGAGCAGAUGGCCACAUUAAUCAUGGGCCCAAAUGAUAAACAGCCCAGAUCUCGCAGACUACUGCCACAUUGACUGUAUGGACGACAUCUUGGUUCGAGAGAGGGAGAGAGAUGAAAGAAAUACAUAAACCUGGGUUUAUUGUUGUUGCUGUUAUAGUGGUCGUUUUCUUCACCAUUGUUAUUGGGUCUGUUUUCACUCAUCAUUGCUA